GACACCCAAACCAAGUUGCGUGUGUGCAAUCAUGCGUAUCUCCUCUUUGGCAUUGAAUAACGGCCGAAUCAUAUCAAAUUCAUUUGAAAGAUGCCAGAUUUUUGAGAUCGUAGUUGAAAAGAAAAUCUCGGCUCUCGGCAGCAGAUGGUCGAUAGAGGGGAAUGUAAUCUAACUUGAAAAUUUUAACCAGAGAUGGGUGAACGUGUAAUGGGUGGCGAAGAUUGAAUGGAUGUAUUACCUUGUUUUCUUGUUAGCCUAACUAAAGAGGACAUUCAACUGGCGUGUUCGUUGUAUUGAAUGAACCGAAAGAAAGUUUAAGCGGGAGAUCGGAAUUCGGAGUCGCCACCGUCAUGGUGACGUAAGAGGUGACGCAUGUUUGAGCCUCCUCCAGCGCCAGGCGUAUGUCUUUGCCGUUGGACAGGUGUUGGCUGGCAGAGGGGAUACCAGAACGGCCACGCUACCGAGAUAUGACUACCUGUUCUCUCUCGGUUUCAGUUCCGAGGCGAACCGCGAAAUGACCGCCGGGGAUAUGUCGGGGCCCGUGUUGGCCGAAUGUUAUCCGGACGCGCGUCGCGACGUAAAAUGACCGUUUCGGGACCUCGACGCGGCGUACGCCCAGUUCCAGUGGCUUUAUGUGUGCCAGGAGCCAGCCCAAGGUUGUUUUUCGCGUGCCUAACGCCGUACGCACGCUCCACGGUUGGACUCCACCAACAUGGAUAAUAAGAAGGUGACACCGAACGUGGUCGGCAAUCCCGAACCCCCCCAAGAACCCCUCGGGAAACACGCGCACCAACACAAUUUGGCCCCACAGCAUCUGCGGCUACUUCAAUACGGUUUAAAAAUACCUAAUAACCAGCAGUACGUUCACGUCCAUCAACACCCUCAGCCGAUUUAUUCCAAAUACCCGCAACAGUAUGUGCAUCAGCAUCAACCUCCAAAGGCGCAACAGCCGAUAUAUCACACUCAACCACCACCGCAACCUAUUUAUGCUCAAGGGCCCUUGACUCAACAAAAUGCGCAAGUAUGGGUACAUUAUCACCAACAAAAAGCUGAAGCUCAACAACAGCCACCUGCUAAAGUCGUACAACCAACGAUAAAAAGUAAAGAAAAUAUCGAUAAGAAGAAAUCUAAUAAUACUCACGUUCAAUUACGCUCGCCAAUCGCGAAAAGACCCCCAGAAGCGCCGGUUGCCAUGCAAGGUUGGCUUCAUAAGCAGGGAUCGGAAGGGUUAAUGCUUUGGAAAAAACGAUGGUUUGUACUCUCCGAGUAUUGUUUGUUUUACUAUAAAGGCCCCGAAGAAGAAAAACUAUUGGGUUCAGUAUUAUUACCAUCGUACAAAGUAUCAAUAUGCGGACCAGAAGAUAAAAUAACGCGUAAACACGCUUUUAAAUGCGAACACACGAAUAUGCGCACAUAUGUGUUAUCCGCGGAUUCCCAAGAUUUAAUGAUGCAAUGGGUGAGGGUUUUAAAUUUGGCCUGCCUUUUACAAUCAACCGUCGAUUUAGACCAAUCGGUACAAUCCGCGUCGACUUACGUUAACUCGGGGGAAAAUUCCGAUUCAGGUUUCUUCCAACAAUCUUCGCAAACGAUACGGAAUACACCCGUACAUAUGCACACGUCGAGUAACACGACUGAUUUGAGUAGUCCGAGCCAAGAAGCGAGUCAAUACAAUCAGCCUUUAUACGCUAACGCGCCCCCGAAACCACGACGAUUAAACGAUGCUGGAUAUUCAUCGCCCAGUCCGGAAAUUCUCGAUCGUUAUCACGCUGAACCGAAAUAUAUCAGCCCCCCUUUUCAAUACUUGACGCCUCCCAGGAACGCCAAGUCCCCAUUAACGAUUUAUACACCACCGGAGUAUGUUCAACAAAUCAGUAGUAAAGGAAUAAAUGAUUAUGGAGUUAGAGAAUAUGUAGUACAAAACGUCGAGAGGCGAACACCUGAUACUUACGGACGGUCCAAAACGAACAACGCCAAAGAUUAUGAAGAUAUUUACGCUGAACAAUAUAUGUACAAGAGGCCGCUAAGUCCAUUGGCUUAUAGCAGUGUUAAGAAAUCGAACCCCACAAUACCAGCGAUGCAAAGAACUUACACACCCGUUUCGAUGCUUGGACCUCGAGAUAUAAGUCAAUUCGUACCGCAACAGCGGAAAUCUCCCUGUAAUAUUCCAAGGCCCCAUAGUGCGGAUUUUUUGGAAUACGAAGUCAAUCAUAGGCAACCAACCCGACAACAAAGGCCUAAAUCUAGUUUAGAUAUUAAUAGAAACACUUCCAGCGACAAUUACUUUUACAGUGAAGAAAGAUAUGCCGAAAAAAUGAGAAAAUCCGCCCAAUACCUUCCAAACAUGCCUCGUUAUAUACAGCAACCUCAACCUCAACCUAAAAGAAUAGACAUGGAUAAAACUUUUCCAUUAAUGAAAUCAAAUACUCAACCCAUUAAUUUUACCAGCACGCCUGUAGAAUACCAAAGAACAGAACAACAGCAACAACAACCUAUUAGAAGUCGAAGUGUAUUAAGCGAAGGAUCUUUAUCGAAAGAAUUCGAAGAUAUUCGAACCAGUCCGCGACCUAGGUAUGAUCAAGGAAGUCUUAGCCCCUGGCAAAAUCGACCCGAUCAAAUCUAUGGAUAUUCUGAUGAUUCUCGUAUACGUGAACAAUUCAAUCGAUCUGCUAGUGCUAGACUUACUCAAAAUAGCUCUGUCCAGACCGAAAGAGGAAGCGUAGAAGGUCGAAUCAACAGGGAAGGUGAAAGAAAGCGAGAAGAGUCGAUGAAACGGUUGUUAGAGUGGAAGCAAAGGAUGUUGCAGUCGCCGUUAAAUCGCAAAGUUCAUCAAAACUUGAAUCGACCAUAUCCGCCGAUGGGAAAGGAUCCGUCGUAUUUCAAGAGUUUGGAGUAUCAGAAGAUGGAUCCAUACAUGGAUCCCAGAGUGGCGGCGGCGAUGCAGUACAAUAGUUACUCGUCGGACGACGAAGAACAAGUGGACUCGACUAAAGAAAGCGUACAGGCAGGAUGGACCGCGGACUCGCGCCUUUCUGACGUCUCACUCGCACCUAUUUCUACUGUUACGUUCACCGCACCAUCCCCCGCUUUGCACGGUCCUGAUGCCCCAAGCACAACCGAGAGCACUACCAUCGAUGGCGACGUUCUUACUCAGCCUCACUACAACAAGGAGUCCUCGACAGUUGCUCACGUUUCUAGUUUACGCCUUGAUUAUGAUAAAUCAAACACAACCGACAUUAAAAGCAACGGAGCACUCGUCAAAAGUAUUUUAGCGGAAUUUGAAAAUAAAAAUUCUGAAAAUAUUGAAUUAACCGAAAAUAUCGACGAAACUAAAACUCCAACAAGAGAUGUUGAAUUAUCGGCUACAAAUGUUAUUGAAGAAAAUUACAUGACCAUGACUCCAAAGAAGAAUAUAUUAGAUCCGGCAACGUCAAAUGAGGCUUUAACAUUAGAAACGGAUGAAAAUCCUUAUGUGGAGAUGACACAAGGCUCCGAUUUGUGUCUUUUAAAUCAACAACCAUAUGAAAUGGUUUGCUUUGGAAAAUCAGAACCUGUUUAUAUGGAACUUCACCCUACUCGGGAUAUUUUAAACAUCGACGAUCCCAAAAAAUUACCCGAUAUACUUAUGUUAUCUAAAAAGAAAUCAUCUGAUAGCUCUGACGCUGAUGAUGAAGCAUCUAAAGAUCUCGAUUCGUUGGACACUCCCAGUCACCCUAGAUUUAGUUUAUCAGAUUCAUUUCGACCUGCUUCUUAUUAUUUGGGAGCUACUCAAACUGCUCCAGAACUUCAAGAUAGUUCUGAUAGUGAAUUAGUGUCCCCACCUCCAAUUCCACGAUCACCACCGCCUCUCGAUGAACUUGAUGAACGCUCCAGUGCCCAAGAAUUUAGUUUAACAGAUGAACAAAAAGAUGAGUUUACAUUUUCAAAAUUUUCAAAAUCCCAUAACAGAGAUGGCGAUAGCUCCUCGUUAUCUCAUAACAGCGAUUCCGAUGUUGAAUUAAGAACACCCGGUUUAAGGGCUUAUGAGAGGAUGUUAAAACGAAGACCAGUUUCUGAGGAAUUUUGCGGCGAAUUGGAUUCGUUAGAUAGUCGGUAUAACGAAACAAUCGAUAGCGUUGAUUUGGAUAAGUAUUUAAGGGAUCUUCAAGUGUCUAAUGUUGAGCAUGAUUACGAAAAUAUGUGUAUUGUGAGUCAAAGAACUCCGGAAAGUAGUAAACCAUCGGUUUGUCAUAGUAGACAAAAUAGUAGAGAUACGCAUGAUAGUUCAAGAUCUUUAUUGACUCCUGAUUAUAUUCAUAGACGUGCUGAAAGUAGUGCUUCUAUAACGGAAAUAAAUAGCAUUCAUAAUUCCCGGUUAUCAACACCUGUUACAAUGAAUAGAAGCGCGCCUUAUUAUUAUUCUGAUUUAUCAAUGAACACAACUGAUAGUAACUCCACCAUUUUAACUUUAAAUAAUCAACGAGGAAACAUGAUUAAUAAACGAGACAUAACACACAUUGUCAAUCCGAUACGGUGCUCCAACACAAGAACUUCAAGGAAUGUUGGUAGAAAUUCUCGCCAGAAUUUAAUUGAUAACACUUUUAAGUUGGCAGCUGAAGCUCGUUCGGUUUCAGUCGAUUUCUUAAAUCUAACAGAUAAAUCUGGCCAAAUUGACAAGAAAAACAUUUAUGAAUCAGACACAUUAAAAAGAUUAAAAGCAAUCGAUUCUAUUACAAGUUUACAAUCAAAUCCAGAAACAAGAAAUUUAUUCCCAAGCACACCGAAUGAAAAGUUUAACGAUUUGGAUCCACCGUCAUCGAGCGUUAGACGUUCUCAUUCAUUAGAAGGUUUAUUAGAAAAUGUUUUAAGUGAAAACGUUGACGCCAAUGAAAUAGAAUCUCCAAAUGAUGAAGGUAGAAAUGCGAUAGCUGAAGGAAGUUAUAUGUGGGAAGAAGAUGCGAUUUGGAGGGAAAGAUUACGCACCGCUAGUCAAAGACAUACGAAAUCUUUGGACGAUUUAGAUUGUAUAGGCGAAACGAAAAAAGAUAAACACAAGAAACAGCCGCGUGGUAUAAUGAGAGGUGUUACAUAUGUUAAUGACAACGUUUAUAACAUGCCUAUACAAUGCAAACAACAAAAAGAUACUGAAAAUCAAAAGCCGGGUGAUAGUCGUAAAGAAAAUUUUAUAAUCGAUAGGGAAAAAUUACGUCAAUGGGAUUUGAUGUCGAGUGCGCCAUCGGACACGCAAAGCCAACAAGGGAUAACGGUUGGUGUCGUAGCGGUAGACGUAGGUGAUGAGACCUCGGCAACGCUGGGGCAAAGCACCACCAGUCAAGAACAAGCUUCUGGAUCGAUUUGUAUCAACAGCAGAGAUACCGUUCCGAGAGCUUUAUCUGCCAAACAAAUGUGGAAUCCUAAUUCUCAAUCGAUACCCUCAAGAUCAAUUACUAAUCUUACUAGGGAACACGAAAAUGAAUACGGAUUAUCAAUUCGUCAACAACAUUUUAUGGGUCAUCAUAAGCAUCAUGAUGGAAAUUCUGGACAAAAGGUACCUAGACAGGGUAAUUGGCACUGGGGUGAAAAAAUGAACGUUUCCGCUGGCGAGUUGCUCGGCAGGACGCACGAAGAGCUUGUUUUGUUAUUAAUACAGUUGCGUAGACAAAGUACGAAUACAUAUAACGCUAUAGAGGCAUGUUAUACUGAAAUAGAGAAUAUUCAGGGGCAGUUGCAUAGAAUGGAUCCAGCUAAACAACUUGAAAAUCUACAAAAAUUGGAGCAGAUUAAACAACAUUUACUUGAACUAGAAAAACAGUAUGAAAAGGGAAAACCCCUGGUUAAUCUUGUUGACAACAUGGUUAAAUUAGGAUCACUAUAUAGAUCCCCAAACGAUCGAAAUAUUAAUCCAUACGUUCGCGACAGAUUAGAAUUUAACCAACAAAUCCAAGAACGUCGCCUUUUAGCGGAAGAAAGGCGCGAUUGGAAUCGCUUAAAUCCCAAUCAUAUGCAGCUACAAGAAAAAGUACAACAACUUUACCAACUUGAUAGGCUUAUUCAGGAAGAGUCGGGGACUUUACAAGGAUUACAGCAUGAUAAAGAAGAAAUUGAGAGGGCGCUGGGGGGAUUACGUCAUAGAUUGCAUAAAGGUUUUAAAGAUCCCGCCGAAGUUGAACAAGCACGCAAACAACAGGCUAUUCUGGAAAAUGAACUGAGUAGAGUUCAUUUAAUGUUGGCGCAAAAUUCGAAAAAAUUGGAGGAGACCGUUGCUGGUAACGCAAGGUUGGAGCAAGAAUUAUUAGUUUUGAAGCAAAAGUUGCAGAUUUCUAGGCAACAAAGGAGUUCACCACAAUUUUCAAAUGCAGGUGAUAGUUUGCCUUGCGUGGUUGGUACAAGCGCAAUGUUGGAAUCGGAUUUACAAAGGGUCCAACAAAAGGUGGGCGAUUUACAGCGUCAGCGACAAGAGUUGAGUAUGCAGGUUCGCCAACUUACUGACAGGUCUAAUAACCUCCAACAACAAAUUAAACCACUUUCAGCUAAUUCCUCAGCUAACUAUCAAGGUAAUAAAAAGAAAAUACAUUCUUUGUGGAGAGAAACAGACUUAGAUACAAUGAACAUAAUAGAUCAUGGGGAAUCGUGGGAAAAUUCAACAAGUUCCUUAAGUUCAGCACCAACAACGCCGCUUUACAUAAAUACUGAUUUAAAACAAGCACCGGAAAUGGAAUUUUAUAAUAAUCGAUUAAAGACGAGUGAUUCCACAAGCGAAGAUACAACGCAAGGUUCUGGGUUGAUGCCGCAAGAACGUCCAGAAAUAAAAACGGUACGAAUAGUCAAACGGGAAUCUGAACGAAGACAAAGAGACCGCGAAAAGACUUCGACGGGAAAAUGGGAUCCUUUGCUGGAAGAAGAUGCCUCAUCUCAAUCUUCUGGAACAAUUUUUCGACCGGGGGUUGUUCAAAAAACUCAGAGUACCACAAAUAUAGGUUCACCUGGUUUUGAAACUGAUAAAACUAGUAGUGGUGUGUUAAGCCGUCAAAGUUCGUUGUCCAGUCCAAGUUUACCGCAGGGGUUUUCCGAUAUCCGAGCAACUUCGAGUGAAGGAAGCGUCGAUAAAUCACCCGAAUUAUCACCUGUAUUUCAAAGCGAAGCUGCCCGACAAAUUAUAACGGAAAUGAGCCAAGAGACAGUUCCGAAACAAUUAAAUAGACGCGCGGUUCCUAAAGAAAAACGAAGACAUUACACAGCGCCAAAUAACAAUUUAAUCAUGAAGAGCUUAAAUCAAUUACCCACCGAUGAUAGUUUCGAUAAAUUAACGGAACGCCGAGCUAGAGAUGAUUUGGACAUGGAGAGAGCUUUAAGGCAGCGAAUAGAUGCCCCGGACGUGGUGCGGUCCACGUUAAGCAAUAAAGAGCUUAAGUACAAUGAGAACACCAUUGAUAACAUAUUAGGUACUCCAAAUAAAAUUAACAUUCCGGAACGUUACAUUCCGGAACAAUUGCCUAAAUUAUCGGCCGAAGAAGAAGAACAUAGACUGAGAAAAGUUGAGUCAAUUAAAAAGAUGUUGUCUGAUACUACAAUUAUUAGUACUAGCUCACCUAAUUUAGCUACAGAAGAUUCAAAGUCUGAAACACCAUCAUCAAGUAUUGUAAAUAAAGCAACGACGAAAAUGAUAGAAGAAAAGAAGCAACGCGAACAUCUUUUGCAGCUAAAUCAAAUUCUGGCGAAGCAAGUUAUGGAAAUGAGUAAAAUUGUAGCAGUGAAAGCAUUGGCAAACCUGCCGUUGGAGGAGCAGCAGGAUGAUCUUGCGGACGAUGAGGACUUGUCUCCAGUGAUGCCUUUGCCUAUAUAUCAGCAACGUUACAAUUUUUAUAGUUAAAUAUAUUUUAUAAUGUUCUACAUGAUUGUUGCGUUGAUUGUACAAAUGUUUAAAUCGUUGUGUUUGGCAGCACGGUACAUUUUAAAUAAUCGCCCGGCUCUCUUCUCAAUCUUUCUAUUUCGACUCACGCAGUAUUAACGAUUUUUAUUAUACUUGUACAUUUUUAUACCGCGGAACGAUUAUGACAAGAAGAAUUUUUUAUAUUAAUAUUGUAUUAUUUUUAAUAAUAGAAAGAAAUAAAAAACGUUGUUUUAUUUAAAAUGUACUAACAUCGUACUGAGUGCCAGACAAUAAAUAAGUAUUGUUGUACUGUAUAUACAUACACUUUAUUAUAUUAUAUAUAAUUCUGUCUGAUAUGUUAUUUAGUUUUAACGACUAUUUAGUACCUAAUAAUAUAAAAUAUAUGCGAGUUAAACUCAGAAUGAGAAUAUAAUUAAUAAAAAAAUAGAUGAGGCGUAUAAUAUAUUAAAAAAUUAAAUAAAAAAAAAUGAAAAGUAUAUUUAACAAUUGCUCAACAGUGUACUUACGUAAUAAUAAAAUAAUAACUUAAUAAUGAUAUUUAUAAUUAUGACUAUAAUGGUGAGGGUGUUAAAAGUAAAUCUUUAAACAUUGUUAAUAGUCACUAACAACUAUAAUAAUUAAAACUGAAGAUAACCGUCGAACAUGAAUCGUUCGAUUACAUUACAAUAAUUUUUUUUGUAUAUUUUUUCAACAUAAGUUAUUGAACACUUCCGAACAAUGCUAUUUUGCAGAGAAUAAAUUUUAUUUCAAAUUGCA